AUUUGCUCGACUUCGUCGGGAGCAGACUCAGUAGUUACCAUCUACUUACAAAUAUCCAUGUCUUGUUCUUUUCUCUGAUUCUCCGCCGGUUGUGAAGUGCAGAGGCCGGAGAAUGGGCAACUUUGAAUAUUCCUCUUCUCUCUCAUGCCUCCUCUGUCCAGAAACGGAUUCUAUUUUCAGAGAAAAUGGAAUCGAAGAAGACGAAUACAGUUAUUUUACCCGCAACCCAUGUUUCUCCUCAGAGAAUGAAGACGAGUAUAUAGGGCUGUUGUUACAAAAAGAAACGAGCUUUGGAUAUGGAAGCCAUGAAUCAUCUGGUUAUUGCUUAAUCAACAGCAAACCCUGGAUGAGAUGUGCUCGAUUGAAUGCUGUUGAAUGGAUCUUCAAUACUCGGGCAUACUUUGGGUUCCAAUUCCAAACGGCUUUUCUUUCCGUGACAUACUUAGAUCGGUUUCUUUCGAAACGACCCAUAAAUGAAGGGGAAUUUUGGGUUUUUCCUUUGUUAUCGGUGGCAUGCUUAUCAUUGGCAGCCAAGAUGGAAGAGACUGAAGUCCCUCCCUUGUCAGAAUUUCCAGUAAAGGAGUACAAUGUGGAGAACAAGGUGAUUCAGAGGAUGGAGCUAUUGGUUUUGGCUGCAUUGGAGUGGAAAAUGAGUUCAGUCACUCCUUUUGCUUUUCUGCAUUACUUUAUUGGUAAAGUUUGUGUUGAUUAUAGGCCAAAAGAAUUGGUCUCUAGAUCUGUGAAGCUUAUUGUGGAUUUCAUAAAAGAGUUUAGUUUUCUUGAUCAUCGACCGUCCAUUAUUGCUGCAGCUGCUGUGUUAGCUGCCUGUGAUGGUAAGUUAACACGGAAAGCAAUGGAAAUCAAGAUGGAUUUCAUUUCAACAUGGGGGCCUCUAGAAAAUGAGAAUACAUAUUCAUGUUAUAACAUGAUGCGGGAAAUUGAGGUGGGAAAUUCUAAGACACCCCGCAAUGCAAUUUCCUCUGAUUUAUCAUAUGGGUCAAUUGAUGCUCAUGACAAUCCUUCGACUUUACCUGAAGCUCGAACUAAAAGGAAACUUACAUUCAGUGACUCUGGAGAAAGGCCAGGAGAGAAAAUCUUUAGGAGUUGAUUUUGGUUUUACUGAUUGGAUUACAACAUCUUCUGUAGAUAAUUAAUUCGUUUUGUUAGAUAUCUUUGUAGGUCUAAUUAGUGUUUUCUCCCGUGUGAUUAUAAUUUGGUGUUGAUCAUUGGGGGUUUCAUUUUCUUCCCAUAACAAACAAAAAUCUCAGCCUGUGACAAUCAAGAAGGUGGAGAAAAGGGAAAGUAAAAAAAUAAAAAGGGAUUGCUUUAUAGCUUAUAGUGAGAAGUACAAGAAGUUGACUGAAAGUGCAGACUGCAGAAGCUAUUUUAUGAGGAAGAGAUGCCAGAAGGAUAUUCAAGACUGCUUGUCCAUACUUCUUUUUUUGUGCUUUUGUGAAUGCCACCAUGGCUUACCCUCUCUUUGCAACUGUUGCUUUUUUUAUUUUUUUUGGGUUAAUUCCUCUCUUCCUUUUCUCUUUACAUAAAGAUACUUGUGUUGUAUACAUCACUUGUAAGUUGCAACCCUGCCUUCUGAAUUUGGGGGGUGCUUGGGAUGCUUCCUGUGUCUUU